CACUUUUCCAUCGCAUUAUCUCCUCAACGCCAUUUUAUUGUCGCUCAUCUAAAAUGGGGUCUCUUCCCCAAUUACUGCUUCCUCUUUCUCACUUUCAUGUUUCUCUAAGAUCCCAAAAAUCUGUAUAUAAAUAUCUUUUCAAUCCCAAAUCGCUUUCAUCGAGUGGGUACUCAGCUGAAAUGGAGCAAAACGGCAAGGAAAUUGCCCACGAGUUCCGCUUCUUUCGGGUCUACAAAGAUGGUCAGAUUGAAAAGUUCCGAACGACCCAGAAAAUCCCGCCGUUUGAUGACCUGAUUUCAGGGGUCUACUGCAAAGACGUCGUGAUUUCAACCGAACCAGAAAUAUCUGCCCGCAUUUUCCUCCCGAAGCUCGACGAACCCAACAGGAAGCUCCCAGUUCUUUUCCACGUCCACGGCGGCGGAUUCUGCUUCGAGUCCGCCUUUUCUAGGCCCCACCACCAGUAUCUGACCUCGUUGGCCGCCCAAGCUGAAGCCAUUGUGGUGUCGGUCGAAUAUGGAUUGUUCCCGGACCGGCCCAUACCCGCUUGUUACGACGAUUCGUGGGCUGCUCUCCAGUGGGUUGCAGCCCAUGUUAAUGGACUCGGACCCGAGCCCUGGCUCAACAAUCAUGCGGAUUUCGCACGUGUAUUCGUCGGCGGCGAGAGUGCUGGAGGCAACAUCUCGCAUACAUUAGCGGUUCGGGUCAGGUCCAUUGGGUUACCCGGUGUGGUGGUGGUCGGAAUGGUGUUGGUUCAUCCAUACUUCGGCGGUACGGAUGACGAUAAAAUGUGGCUGUACAUGUGUCCAACAAAUACCGGAUUGAAUGAUCCCAGACUAAAACCGGCCGGAGAGGAUCUGGCGAAGUUAGGGUGCAAGAGGGUGUUAGUGUUUGUGGCGGAAAAAGACCAUUUAUGCGACGUCGGGAAGGGAUACUACAAGGAGCUGAAGAAAAGUGGGUGGGGAGAAACUCUGGAGAUUGUGGAGAAUCAAGGUGAGGAUCAUUGCUUCCAUAUGGAAGACCUUACCGGGGAGAAUGCCGUGGCUCUUAUCAAGCGGUUUGCCUCUUUUAUCAAAGAAUGAUGUAACAAUCUUUUUGCGAAAUUUGAAUCGGUCUGAAGCCAUGUCACGCCCCAAAACCCAAAUUCG